AAAGACAAGCUAACGUUCAAUCCUCGCGAUGACCCCCGAUAUGAGCUCUUGGAGGCCAUCGUUUCCGAGGGAAUCAAAUCAGAGAUAGUUAUCCGAAACGCCGACCGAAGAGACAGCGCUUUAUUUAGUUGUGUGACGACCAAUGCUUACGGACACGACGACACCAACAUUCAGCUCAUUAUGCAGGAACCUCCGGACGCGCCGUCGGAUCUGAAGAUAUUAGAGCAUGAUGGUAGAUCCGCUAGAAUAUCAUGGUCUCCCCCAUACAGUGGCAACAGUCCU